AUGGCCAGCAAGCUAUUUCGCUACAUUCGGAUCUUCAACUUGCCACCAGAAACGGAGGAUAAGGAAAUUGCUGCCGCCAUGAGUCGCUACGGGAAAAUUCAUCAGUUCGUUCGUGAACGAUACCCAGCGGAAUAUGAAUAUCCAGUCUACAGUGGAAUCCGCGGUGUUCAUAUGGAACUGGAAAAAGAAAUACCGGCCAGUUUAUUCAUCGGACAUUUUCGCGCCAGAAUUUAUUACGAUGGCCUGAAAAAUCGUUGCUUUUUGUGCAAAGCAGAAGGUCAUCUGAAAGUGGAUUGCCCGAAACUCAUCAGUGUAAGAGAAGGCGAGACAAAAAACGUAGCAGGCAGCUCAAAAACUGUUGAACAGCAAAAACCGUUGUACAGUCAUGUUGCUGCCAGCUUGAAAGUAGCCGUUACCGAACAACCUCAACCGACUACCUCGAUGACAACACUACCAUUGAGAAAUGUUCUACGCCGAUCAUCUCCGGAUAUCACCACUACUAAGAACUUGGAAAACACCGAGAGGGAUCCAAUUGCAACGAAUAAAGCAGCGGUCGUUCAAGACGACACAAAUACAAAAGAAACCAGCACGAAUUUGGAUGAGGACGACGAUUUAGCCACCAAUCCUAUCAUCUCCAAUACAGCCAACAAAGAAGCAGAGGAAAAGGAACCCACGGAAGUUGCCGCUACACACACUAAUGCUGGCAAAAAUUUUGGGAAACCCGAACGAUAUGCUUCAUCGACAGAAGAGGACGACAAUCCUGGUGCCAACGAAAAUCGACGAGAAAGGACAACCCAAAAAAGACGAACGGAUUCAGUGGCCGACAGCGAUGAGUCGUUGGUGCUCGCGAGCUGUGCUCUGGCUCAAGAAAAGGAUGCCCGGUUCAACGAUGGCCGAUACUAUCCAGAACUGUACCAGGGAAAAUACAAUGAUGGAAAGUACCGUCCGGAUAACAGUGGAGCUUAUCGACCAGAUGGUUCCGGUAGAUAUUCGGGUCAAUAUGUACCGUACAAAGAGGGCAACUACCGAGUAGGUGGACAAGGAGGAUCAGGUGCUGGUGGUGGUGCUGGGGGUGGAUUCGGAGGGCAAGGAGGACGAGGCGGACAGGGUUCAGGAGGUUCGGGAGGCUCGGGAAUAGGAACUCGUACGGGAGGCUCUUCGGGUGCAGUCGUUGGCAUCGUUAGCAGCAGCUCUGGAUCCGGAAACACCAAAGCUGGUGCAUCGGCUUUCGUAUCCGGUUCGGGUUCUGGUUUCGGAUCCGGUUCUGGUUCAGCUUCAAGCUCCGCAUUUGGUUCUGGUUCAAACUCCGGACAAAAACUUGCAGUUUCCGUAAUCGCUCCCCCAGCUCCAGCCCCCAAGAAGGUCAUCAAAAACUACGAUUUGGCUGGAUCCGGUUUUGAUCGCAUCAAGGAACAGGUUAAACAGUACAACAACGACGGAUACUACUACCGGUAUCUUACCGAACAGAACGCACAGGUAGCCGAAUCGGGUCGUCUAGAAGACCGGGAAACAGACAACGAAGCUCUGCGGGCUAAGGGCUUCUACGAAUAUGUUGGAGACGAUGGCGUGCGGUAUCGGGUUGAUUACACUGCCGAUGAAAAUGGAUUUGUGCCUCAAGGUGCUCAUCUGCCAGUAGCUCCCGCUAUUCCGGAGCAAAUUCUUCGUGCACUUGAGUAUGUGCGGAAACUGCAACAAUAA